AUGCCACCAAGAUGUUCUCUCGUACAAGGGACUCUGACACCCUUUCUUUACCCCAUCCUCUUCUCCGCCACACGUACACCUACGCGGACACUUGUCAAUUCCCUUCAACGACGUUCCGAUAAUGUUUCCCCCCUCCAAACACCCGAAUUCCCUCCAGCCGAUCCAUCCAUACCAACCUUUGAAGAAGGAUCACAUCUCAAUCCUCCACCCUCAGAUUAUUCGCGCACAAUCUUCUCCGAUAAGGCGACCGUAACAAUUCUGGCAGGCAGUGGUGGUCAUGGUUGUAUUUCCUUUGUACGAGAAAAAUACAUAGCUGCCGGUCCAGCAAACGGGGGCGAUGGAGGUAGCGGAGGAAAUAUCUACAUUCAAGCUGUCCGAGGCGAGACCUCACUACACAAACUCGCCCGACGAAAGAUUCUCAAAGCAGGAAGAGGGAAGAAUGGUCAAGGACGUACAAAGGGAGGGGAAAGAGGAGAUGAUGUAAUUAUACAGGUUCCCGUCGGAACGGUCAUUCGAGAAAUCGAACGUACAGAUCCCGUCGCGAUUGAGGAACAUAGACAGAAGUUGGAAGCAGGAAAAGAAGACGGUGUAGACCCAAAUGGGCCCUGGAAAUGGAGUCGUGAUAAAUGGCUCCUCUAUCCCGCCACUACACGCGAAGACAUUGCUUCCGCCGAGUUUCCUAGUCUACCAAAAGCUAGACGUUCAAUACUAGCAAGUUCCCAGGUGGCAGCACCAAUUUCUCUGGAUUUAUCUGUUCCUAUGGAAAGACCACUUCUUCUAGCCGCAGGCGCGGUAGGUGGCUUGGGAAACCCUCAUUUCGUUACCAAAGCCGCCCCUCGUCCGAAAUUCGCGAGCAAGGGGGAACAGGGAAUGUCUAUAACCAUCUCUCUAGAACUCAAACUUCUAGCCGAUAUCGGACUGGUUGGUCUUCCCAACGCAGGAAAAAGUAGCCUCCUCCGCGCGAUGAGUAAAAGUCGGGCACGAGUAGGAAAUUGGGCCUUCACAACUCUCCAACCCAACAUUGGAACCGUAGUAUUAGACGACCACAAGAGCCGUCCCAUCACCACAUCGAAAUACAGCGAUGGAACAAGCCGAACAAAUUACACCAUAGCCGAUAUCCCAGGUCUAGUAAAAGACGCACAUCUCGAUCGUGGACUUGGAGUUUCCUUCCUCCGUCACGUCGAGCGCGCAAGGAUCCUAGUCUUCGUUAUUGAUCUCUCAGCCGGUGAUGCCGUCGCUGCUCUCCAAUCUCUCUGGAAAGAAGUCCAUCUCUACGAACAGAUGAAGAUCGUCGAAGAAGCCACCCUCUCCGACCCAAUCGUAGAAUGGAGUCCCUUCCAAAACAUCGACGACGCCGUCCGCAACGCCCCCGAAACCAUCGUCAUCGGUGGUGAUUUCGACGCUGUGGGUGCCGAAUUAAAACCAGGUGUCCUCAGUAUCGGGAAGAAACCGUGGUUUGUCGUUGCCACGAAAGCCGAUAAGGAGGGAACGCAAGAGAACUUUUUGGCAUUGAAGGCGUAUCUCGGGAGUGUUGGAAAAGGGGAGGAGGUCCAUCCUAGUGGAGUGACGGAAGGAGAGCUUUGGAAGGGGGAUGUGGAGGUUGUUCCUGUUUGUGCGAUUCAGGGGCAGGGAACGGGGAGGAUUACGGAGUUGGUUGUUGAGUUGCUUGAGGAGACGGGGUGA